AGCCGUCUCAGCGGCGGUAAAUCAGACUUGUAGAGAGCCGGUGGAGGAAUCGUCCCGGCAUCAUGAUGGGCAAACAGGAGGCUUCCGCGGGGGUGUCCUUCACUACGGACCUGUCCAACAUUGGCAGCGGCAGGCACUCCCGGCUCUUCAACACUUCGCAGGGUGGCGUUCUGGCAGAGGAGCGGCGUCUUAUCGACAAAGUGUUCAGCAUCGUUGACAAGGACAACUCGGGCCAGGUGGACAUCGAGGAGCUCAAGGGCAUGUUCAAGCUCUUCAACGUGGAGGCCAGCUUUCUGGACACUGCCAUUAGCAGGAUCAUGUCCAACGUCGACAAGGACUUGGACUACAUGAUCUCGCCGCAGGAGUUCUACCAGCUUCUGUCCCAAAAAUUCGAGAAGGACGACCCCAAAGAGGAGAUCAUGUCUGUCUUUCGGCGGAUGGACAAGAACGGCGAUGGGCACCUGGACGUGGACGAGUUGCACGAGGUGGCCACCAUGCUGGGUGAGAACAUUCCCAAGUCGGAGAUCAAGGAGAUGAUCAAGCUGUUCAACAGGACGUAUCAGGAAGACCUGAAGAAGCAUGCCAAGGAGAAGCGUCAGAAUCGAUCAUCGAAGGAGCCUGCGGUACCCGUGAGCAUCACGGGGGAUGACUUCUACGCGGUGAUGCAGGAGGAGCUCUAGCGGGUCGCGCCUAUGCGACUCGCCUUUGAGCCACCCUGAGCAAAUGCUGACGUGUAGCGUAUUUUGCAGAGUGAGCUGCCAGGCAUCAACGCCUUUGCUUGCAUCAGCUGAAUACUCAGUCCACUCACUUGGUUAGGAGCACCACUCGAAUGCGUGGUCUUGGUGUGGGACAAAAAGGCUCACAUCAGCCAAACGCACGGUCCCAGUGUCACCCUCUCCAAUUUGCUGUGUGGCACACUGGACUCCCCGCAAAGACGGUGGGAAUCAGGCUGCCCCGGGAAACACAACCCUCUCGCAGAUUGCUGCCUGCUCGCGCGAUCUGGCCCCGCCCGACGUUUUUCUCCAUGAGGC